AUGGAUGCGCGCAGGGGCAUGACAGGUGAGAGUGGGUUUUUUGCCCUGCCUUCCCUGCAGUGGUAUCCCGCGGUCCGGCGCGAAGAGCCAGGCGAGGAAGCGAGGAAGCGAGCCAACUGGGAAAAGAAGGGCAGAUCCGAGUCCGUGGACGUGAUGAUGGGGUGGCUGCGGCUCGCUUGUGCACUUCGGCUAGCUCGUCACAUCCCCUGCCUUUUCUUUUGCCCUGCUUUGCCCCGCGACAUCGAAGCCAAGGCUUUCCCUGGAGGAUUACGCCGGUGCCGGUGGGUUAUCGGUCCGGAACGACUGCCGUCGAUGGGUUCCGAAACCCGCCGCCAACCUUAUAUGCGCAUGGGGCUGUUACAGUCCAAGCGACGCUGCUGGGUAUGUGGCCUGUUCGCCGGUUACAUCACGGUACUGGGCUCGGCACUUCAGACGAGGCUGGACUACGAAGUAAAUGCCGUCUAUGCGUCUGAUCAAGUUUGGUUGCGCCGUUCAUCGGGAGUCAUGAUUGUUGAUGCCGAAUGUUGUUCUUCGAUGUCGUUGGCACCGGCGCAUAGACCAGCUUUCCGCAUGAGGUCGCCCGAGGCGGUCGCAUGCAAUGGGAGUCAGCAGGGAGACGGGAAUGCCCCCAAUUGGCCAGAGAAUGGCCGCAUUUUGGGCUGCAGACGGGAGGAUGAUCGACUGCGUAUCAGACGAACGCGCGGCGAUCCCCGGCGCGCUAGAAAGGCCAUGGAAGCUGAAACCCUUGCCCGGGGCACCUUUGGGCAUGAACUAGACCCGCUGUCAGAGUCUUAG